UGAAUGUUUGAGACUUAAAUAAGUCUUUUGCACGUCAGUCAUCUGAUGUGAUGCUCCCUCUUUCCACAAGUUUAAAAACUAUCUGUGUUCAUACUUUCACUGAAACUAAUGUACGAACAUGUCCCCAGUCGUUUAAUUCAUCUCGAUGUUUCCGACCUGAUGGUAUCCCAAAUAUCCAUUUUAAAAAAUGUGCUGACGUCCUAUGUUAUCCGUUCACACCUACCUUCAACAGAUCCUUCUCAUCUAAUCUCAUACCGGAAAUGUGGAGAAAGAUGAAGAUAAUUCCUGUACCCAAAAAAGCAUCUGGUGAUAAGAAUGUGAAAUUUAGACCUAUUGCAAUAACUUCACCCUUCCUCGAAACAAUGGAAAAAUGAUUAACACUUCCAAUUCAGCCUGCGAUAAAAGAGCAUAUUGAUCCAUAUCAGUUUGCUUACAGAUGCAAAAGAAGCACCUUAGAUGCUGUUGCAGUUCUGCAUCACAACAUAGUGUUCAACUUAGAAAAGGGUAAGAAGUAUGUUCGAUGUGCUUUUCUGGAAUAUACUUCAGCUUUUGAUUCUAUA